AUGGGGGAGGGGCACCGGGAGCGCUGGGCCGCACUGGUGGCGGCGGCCGAAGGUUACCGGUUAGCGACGGGGGCUGAGGUCGUUCUGCUCACGGCCUGGGCCGGGCGCGGCCCCGCUGCAGGCCGCGGGUACGCGCACCACGGGCACGGGCCUCUAGGCCAGGCCGCGCGCCGCUUCCUGCCCGACAUUGCGGCUGCGCACAGGGCGCUGGCCACGCCCCCCGCGGCGCAGGCCACGCCCACUGCCCGGACCGAGGCCACGCCCCCUGCCCGGACCGAGGCCACGCCCCCCGCAGCGCAGGCCACGCCCCCUGCCUUGGCGGAGGCCACGCCCCUCUCCCAAGCCACGCCCCCUGCCCUGGCGGAGGCCACGCCCCCAGCCGUUGCCGUGGUGACGCCCCCGGGGAGCUCGCCCCGCCCACGUAGCCCCUCCCCCCUCCUCCUGCGCGGGUGGGGGGGGGGGAGGGGGGCGCUGAGUGAUGCUACCGGGCUGUUCCUGAUGGACGAGGACCCUGAGGAGGAACCGGAACCGGAUUCAGACCCUGAGAGCCCUGAUGAGGGCAGCCCCACAGAGGAGCCGCUGACCCCUCCCCCCCCCCAUGGGGCUCCUCUCUACGCUCGCUCCUUGCCCGUCUCGGUGCCCUCCUGGGCCCUGCGACCCCCCCCGGGGCCCCGCCCCCCACACACCGAGGGAGGUGCUCAUAAGGCAUCCCCGGACCUGGAGCGCAUUGCGGCCUCCAUGCGGGCGCUGGUGCUGCGGGGGGGGGGCGACGGCACCGAGAUGUUCGGGGACCUGCCCCGCCCCCCACUGCUGGCUGGGGACCCCCAAUGACCCCCAUCUAUGGGGCACCCACAUCUAUGGGGCACCCCCUGUCUAUGGGGCACCCCCUAUCUAUGGGGCACCUUCUAUGGGGCACCCCACAUCUAUGGGGCACCCCACAU